AGCAUGAAUUACCAGAAACCACAAGAGACGGCGUGCGCAAGCCCCAAAGUGAGCGAGAUGUCCCUUUGGGGAGCAGUCCUCCUGUACCCCAGAGUGAGGAGGACGCAGGGGUCAGAAGUGGCUGCAGGACAGACAAGGGAAGCACCCGUGGAGACUGGAGGGCUGGAGACCCCUGGUCGGUCAGGAAGGGAGGCCAGCUGGUGACAAGAUUGCUCAGAGGCGACUGGAGCCGUGUGACAGAGGCCGGAAGACUUCAGCCAUGCCCCACAGCUCGGACAGCAGUGACUCCAGCUUUAGCCGCUCUCCUCCUCCUGGCAAGCAGGACUCAUCUGACGAUGUGAGAAAAGUUCAGAGAAGGGAGAAAAAUCGCAUCGCUGCCCAGAAGAGCCGACAGAGGCAGACACAGAAGGCCGACACCCUGCACUUGGAGAGUGAAGACCUAGAGAAGCAGAACGCAGCUCUGCGCAAGGAGAUCAAGCAGCUCACGGAGGAGAUGAAGUACUUCACCUCGGUGCUGAGCAGCCAUGAGCCCCUGUGCUCCGUGCUGGCCAGCGCCCCCUCGCCCCCGGAGGUGGUGUACAGCGCCCAUGCCUUCCACCAGCCACACGUCAGCUCUCCGCGUUUCCAGCCCUGAGCUUCAGUGGACGGGACCUGCUCGCUGCUCUUGCAGGACCCAGGAGGGGCGCACGGACUGUGGCCAGGUUGCCCCCAUCCAGCCCGGCCCACUGCUCAUCAAGACACUGCACAGCCAAGUCCUGGCCAAGGACUGAGCACAAGGAUCACAGUGGCCAGAAUGUCCAGCAGUGUGGGGCUGGCCCUUGGUAGCUGGACCCACUGUGGACUGACGCAACCCAGAAGAACAUGAAGCUCUGUGCCUGAGAGGGGCACUGAGGGGACUUUCAGGGAGGAGGGAAGAGGAGGGAUCUUUUUCUAAAUAAAUCUUUUAAAAGAAAUCAGGCUGGUAAGACAGCUUCUCAGACCUCUACAUUCUAGAAACUCUACAUUCAGUGAGGGUGGAGACCUUUCUUCCUUUUGUCCUUGGCUUCCAGUCCCCUGGAGUCUGCUCAUAGCUCUGCUUUCCCAUGGUUGGCUCAUCUGUUUGGGAGGCAGAGGCCAUUUUUUAAAGCAUCUUCAGUGCUUCUCCUAGAUAACUUGAUUUUCCUCCCCAAAUCCACUCGCCACAGCCUCCAUCCUUCAUUGCCCUGCCCUUUUUAGAUCAUGGGCUGCCCAUUCUCCAGUUAGGAUAAAGGGCCAAAGGGAUAAAGAUGGCAUCCAGAUAUAUAGAUGUCCAAGAUCCUAUCAUCUCCUACUCACACCAGGACCCUGCCAGCUGCUCUGUCCACAUAGCCAUGUUCCCAGGGUGCCCUGCGCCUGGCCACAGGCCGGAGAUGAUGGAUACCAAGGCAGGGCUUCACAGUCAAGGUGCCUUCCUGAAGCCUCCACUUCCCUUAGAGAGAGGUGAUCUUAGGCAUACCACUUUGCUUGGCUUCCCGAAACCCUCCAGGCUGCCAUCCUGGCUCCGGUGACUACCGAGCCUUCUCUGGUUCUUCCAGAGGCUGACACCCUGCUCUGAUGCCCACCUGCUCCUUAGAAGUGCCUGGU